AUGAAUCGAUAUUCAAGAUUCAUUAAACCUUUUAGUACAAGUUGUUGUGUCAACAAUGAAGUCAAGAAAUUAAAUAAAUAUUCAAGUAUUGUUACUUCUGAUCCAUCUCAGGGUGCUUCACAAGCUAUGCUUUAUGCCACUGGUUUUUCAGAUGAAGAUUUUAAUCGUGCUCAAAUUGGUGUUGGUUCUGUUUGGUGGUCUGGUAAUCCAUGUAAUAUGCAUUUAAUGGAAUUAAACAAUAUGUGUACAAAAUCAAUUAAUAAAGCAGGUUUAAAAGGUAUGCAAUUUAAUUCAAUUGGUGUUUCCGAUGGUAUAACAAAUGGUACUGAAGGUAUGAGAUAUAGUUUACAAUCAAGAGAAAUUAUAGCAGAUUCAUUUGAAACUAUGAUCAUGGCUCAAUUAUAUGAUGGUAAUAUUGCUAUACCUUCUUGUGAUAAGAAUAUGCCAGGAGUUUUAAUGGCUAUGGGUAGACAUAAUCGCCCUGCUAUAAUGGUUUAUGGUGGUACAAUUUUACCAGGCUCACCAACUUGUGGCUCUUCAAAUCCAAAUGUUCCUGAAAAAAUUGAUAUCAUUUCGGCUUUUCAAAGUUAUGGUCAAUUAUUAAGUGAUCAAAUUACAAAAGAUGAAAAAAUGGAUAUUGUUAGACAUGCUUGUCCUGGUCCUGGUGCUUGUGGUGGUAUGUAUACUGCAAAUACAAUGGCAUCAGCUGCUGAAGUUAUGGGUAUGUCAUUACCUUAUUCAUCAAGUUCUCCUGCUGUUUCAAAAGAAAAAGCAAAUGAAUGUGCUUCAAUUGGUGAGGCUAUAAAGAAUUUAUUAAUUAUGGAUUUAAAACCAAGAGAUAUUUUAACUAAAAAAUCAUUUGAAAAUGCUAUAACUUAUAUUAUUGCAACUGGUGGUUCAACAAAUGCUGUUUUACAUUUAAUUGCAAUUGCUUCUUCAUUUGAUAUUGAAUUAACAGUUGAUGAUUUCCAAAGAAUUUCAGAUAAUACUCCAUUAUUAGCAGAUUUUAGACCUUCAGGUAAAUAUGUUAUGGCUGAUUUACAAUAUGUUGGAGGUACACCAUCAGUUAUGAAAUUUUUAAUGAAAGAAGGUUUAAUUGAUGGUUCACAAUUAACAGUUACUGGUAAAACUAUAAAAGAAAAUUUGGAAAAAGCUAAAGAUUUAAAUAAUCAAGAUAUUGUUAGACCAAUUUCAAAUCCAUUAAAACCAAGUGGUCAUUUACAAAUUUUAAAAGGUUCAUUAGCUCCGGGUUCAGCUGUUGGUAAAAUUACAGGUAAAGAAGGUACUUAUUUUGAAGGUAAAUCAAGAGUUUUUGAUGAUGAAGUUGCAUUUAUUGAAGCUUUAGAAAAAGGUGAAAUUAAAAAAGGUGAAAAAACUGUUUGUGUUAUUAGAUAUGAAGGUCCAAAAGGUGGUCCAGGUAUGCCAGAAAUGUUAAAACCAUCAAGUGCAUUAAUGGGUUAUGGGUUAGGUAAAGAUGUUGCUUUAUUAACUGAUGGUCGAUUUUCAGGUGGUUCACAUGGAUUUUUAAUUGGUCAUAUUGUUCCAGAAGCUGCUGAUGGUGGUCCAAUUGCUUUAGUUGAAGAUGGUGAUAUUAUUGUUAUAGAUGCUGAAAAUAAUAGAAUAGAUUUAUUAGUUGAUGAAGAAACUUUAGCUAAAAGGAGAGAAAAUUGGACACCACCUGAACCAAGGUAUAAAAGAGGUACUUUAGCUAAAUAUGCCAAAUUAGUUAGUGAUGCUUCAAAAGGUUGUGUUACAGAUUUAUAA